CUAAUGUAUAGAGUGUGUCAGAACAGACCAUCCCACACUUUACAUAAUAUUUGUUUUUCCAACACGCAGAAUUAUCAGUCCAGGACCCUGAUUGGUGGAGAAUAAUGGUGGGAGGUGUGUCCAGCAGGUAAAGGGCAGGGCUACCUUUCUAUUUAAACCAGGUUCCAGGUGAAGUUCUCUCAUCAACAGGAUCACACAGCAACCAUGAGGUCUCUGGUCUUCGUUCUGCUCAUCGGAGCUGCUUUUGCCACGGAGGACGACAAGAUCGUCGGAGGGUAUGAGUGCAAACCCUACUCCCAGCCCCAUCAGGUGUCUCUGAACUCUGGCUACCACUUCUGUGGAGGCUCCCUGGUCAACGAGAACUGGGUUGUGUCUGCUGCUCAGUCUGCCUCUUCAACGACUGGCUGACAAACACCAUGAGCAGCUAUUAAAUCUGAUCCUGUGAUCGUUCUCCGCUGCCUUUCUUCCAUCGUUCUAACUCCAACAUGAUGUCAACUUUUGAACAAUGUGCAGCCUUUUAGUAUCUUUAUCAAUAAAGUCUGAAACAUCUACUUUC